UGUGUGUGUGUGUGUGUGUGUUUGUGUCUCUGAAUGGAUGUCAGAUACACAAGAGUUGUAGACGUCAGCUAAAGUUGUUAACUAGUACAUCAACCUACAACCAGACUAUUUCAAUGAAAUGUGAAUUGGUUCAAUAAAGAGAAUCAGAUGUCGGGAUGAAUUUUGCCUUUGUGAAGCGAUCCGUGUGUUUCAGAGGAGUGUUCUUGCUCUUUUACUCUUGCUGUGGCAGCACUGUUCUUAACAUCACUGCCAAAGCUGGACAUCCGGCGGUUCUCCCGUGUUCUUGCCCUCAAGAUUCCUCUCCAUUCUUUAUCUGGCAGAAGGGCAACGUUGUUGUAAAUUUGCACGCAAACAAUGACGGACAGACUCAAACAGCCAAGCAGUUUCAGAACAGAACACAUGUAAACAUUCAGUCCGGAAACUGCUCUAUAGUGUUCAAUACUGUACGUUUGUCGGAUGAGGGGCUGUACACAUGUUACUACAGCAAGAUCCCUUUACGAAUGGAAGAAAUCCAUUUAAAGGUUACAGAACCCAUUAUGGCGUGUAACCAAAGCGAUGGCGUGUACCACUGUCGGAUCACAGAACUUCAUCCCGAAGGAAAGAUUCUGUGGAAAGUGGCCGGUCAAGUUUUGACAUUAUCUGUGCAGUGUAAAACAGAUCCGAUGACAGGCUUGUGCAAUACCAGCGACUACAUCACGCUGACUGGCAAUAAUACACGGCUGACAUGUGAGGUGACAAAUUCUGACAUGGACAAUAUAGUCACGAUCUGCAAGCCAGCAUGUCCAGAUGCAGAAAUGGUGACUCACGGCACUGUGAUGACAUCAUCAGUUUGUGGAUUUCUCAUUGUUGCGAUUGUAAUUGGUGCUGUGUUUGUGGGCAUAAUGUUUAGAAAACGCCAGAGGAAACGAGGAUGUAUUGCAACAUCAGGAGCAAGUUUUAACAGCAUUUCAUAAUGCAAUGCAAAAUCUCUGUUGCUGUUUUUAAACACUUUUUGAACAAAGCAUUUUUUAAAGAAAACAUUUGCACGGAUCGGACGUUGAGGUUACAAAGACAUACAAGAAAAAUGUGUGAGCAUUUUUAUUGUUAAAUUACUUAACAAUUACUGUUAUGAUGGAAGAUAUCACAGAAGCUAACCAGCUGCCUUAAUCAGAUAUCCCAUUUUUUUACUAUAACUUUGCUAAUGAAAUCGUAGGGUGAGGAUCUGGUACAUGAUGAGAGCCUCUGAUAUCUUGAAUGUCUUGACAGAUGGAAUUUAUUCAUUUGUGAAUGUUUAUUUACACUUCAAAACAUUCACAAAGUGUGAUUGCACCAUGUUUUGGUUAAUCGCUAACUGUAGACAUUGACGUAAACAGCACUAACAAAAGUCACUUAUCAUUUGUGCAAACAAGUAUAACUUUUCGAGUGGGUGUAUUGGAUUUGAAAAUCACUGCCAUUAAUGCAAGAAUGUGCAAGCCAUCACAUGACCCAGAUGUUUAUUAGAUGAAUAAGCAGUUUCGCCGUCUUUGUUUGUUGCUGAUAUUUAUAAUAAUCUAUGAGCCACUUUGUUAUUGUGAACAAUGCUUUCUUGCAUCAGUGUAACCCAUUCCGUAUACGUGAAACCUAAGUUUGCGUCAAUUUUGUGAAUGUAAUUUCUUAUCGAAUCGUGACAAAUAUCAUUGGAAAGGUCGAAGACUCUAGAAUACAUUUUUUGUUAUCCUUUUACGACCUUUAUUUUUUUUACGUAACUUUUAAUCAAAGAUAAACAUAAACUUUUUUAAUUUAUUUUUUACAAUAAACCUAACAACAUACCUUUAA